AUGGCCAACCCCUACCCAAAAGUCCAAUGCCAAUGCGGCGCCAUAAGCUUCCACACAUCCCGUCCCAAACCCCUAGCAGUCUACAUCUGCCACUGCACCGAAUGCCGCAAACAAUCGUCCUCAGCAUUCGGCACCUCGGCCAUCUUCCCCGCCAAGGGCAUGUGGCCACUCCCCGAGGACGUACAGUCCAAACUGGGCAAGUGGACACGCACUUCCGACAAGGGCACGACGCUGGAGUGUUAUUUCUGCAAGGAAUGCGGUGUGAGGGUGCUGCAUCGACCGCUUCUGCCGAAUGGGACGCCGAAGCCGACGCUGACGAUCAAGGGAGGUGCCUUGGAGGGGUUUUCGGUCGAAGGGGCGAGACAUAUCUGGACGAAGUCGGCUGUUGUGCCUGUGCCUGAGGGGAGUUGGUUGGAGAGUCCGGAGGGGUCGGAUGUUGAGAUGGUUGAGGAGUGA